UACAAUGGAUGUAAAAGAAUUUCUUUUUGUAUUAGAAGAAAACAUUGUUUAUGAACUUUUGAAAGAUGAUAAAAUUAUUACAGAACUUGUUGACAUUUUUAAAAAUUCAAAAGAAAAUAUUAAAAAUAUUGAAAAAUCAGAUGAUAGUAUUGAACCAGUUAUUAUUGAUAUUAAUGUAGUAUUAACAAGUUUAGAAAAUGUACAAAUGUUUUUAUUUCAGUAG